AUGCAUCCAAAGUAUAACUUUCCCUACAACGACAUUGGCCUGGUAAAGCUGGAAACCGAUCUCGACUUGUCCGAGGGCUCCCCACUGGGCAGUAUCUGUUUGCCCGAGCCUGAAGAGCCUAUCAAUUCACUUGACGACCACUUUUUGCUGGCAAAUGGCUGGGGACUAGAAUGGUUUGAAGAGCAACCCAACGGAACUAUAGUUGUCAUUGGCAACACCCUUCAAAAAGUACUACUAAAAGUGCAAGCGCAAGAAAAAUGUACCAAAGAGUUCGAUCCAUCGCUGAACAAUGAUCACCUUUGCAUGGAAACGUUUGGCAAUCGAAGUACCUGCUUGGGAGACGAGGGUGGAUCGCUGGCGCACUACCAUCAAACGAAAAAGC